CUCCGAUUAUCGUUCAUGGUUAGCCUAGCCAUUGAUUGCUAUCGGUGUGCGAACACCUUUUCGAAUCGCCUCUAUUACGUAGUGAUAAAUGACAAACGCGAGUUAACGAGCGGAUUAUCAACUGGUGACGUUGCCCGGUGCGAUAGUUAUCGUCUCGAUACGUGAAAACCGGGGCAAAGGAAAUAAAACGUCGUUCGACGGAUAAGUGACGAAACGGGGAUUUUAACCGGCGGCUAAUAACGUUUAUUACGACUCUUUCACGACGUCGCGUGACUCCAAAUUGUGAUCGUUAUAUUAUCGUUUGAUAGGCACACGGAUAAAUGAAAUGCGAGGUUGUGGAAUUAAAGAUCCGGGCGCUGUCGAACGUCGAUUACCAAUUCGUGUACGUGAGCAAAGAAAUUGAGAUCCUGGGAACGAGUUCCUACUUCCGUUUCACGAUGCCACCGGUUGUGCAUCCCCACGAGCGAAACUCGAGCACACCACGUAGCCAUGGCAUUCCUGUCCACGAGGGUCACGGGGCUCUAAUCGCGUCGAUGACCACGUGCAAAGGAAAGAGACUCGGGUCGAGUAAAUCGGUGGACGAUGUCCUUCGAUCGUGUCCAAGCGGGUACUCGUUCGAGGAUCAACGUCAGAGGACGUGUCGAUUCUGCAUGAAAUCGACGUCGUUCACCACCAAUAGGAUUCAGUUUCUGCUGCUGCAUAAUCAACAGCUGGUAGCGCGGAUCAAUCGACUCGACCGCGACUUGGAAUUAACCGAGGCGUCCGUGAAGAACGAGAGAACUGCGAAAGCGGCGUUAAUGAAAAGGCUGCGAGCUUACGAGACGUUCGUCGCAGAUUUAUUCAGAAAUCUGAACGUCGCAGGAAUAGUUAAAAUCGUAGACAAAUCGAGAAAGGAGGUCAUUGUGAAACGAGUUAAAUCAAAAGAAUUAAUAUCGAUGCGAGAUGAAAAAGGCGACAAAUCCCUUCCAAUCGUAGAUCUCUCAAUAUUGAGUAGAUCUGAGAAGUUUAAUGAGUGUAAGGAAAAACAGGAAAUUAAUUGUAUGUUAAAUAGGAUGGAAGAAAUUAUUCACGAACCGAAUUUGCUCAGUGAAUCGGAGGACGAAGAAAAGACAGUUAAAAUUAUGGAAAACGAUCUGAGUCAUCCAAUGAAAAAGGAACUUGUAGCGAAUCGAGAAGAGAAAGAUUUCGAGAUCAUUGUAAGCAUAGACGAACAGCAGCGUCGAUACACUAGCGACAAUCCAAUAACCGUAACAGAACUGACGGAGAGUCAAUGGUACGUAAAGAUCUUCGAAAAUGGAAGACACCUUCUGCAAAUCGCGUUGUUUAGUAAUUCCAGCUAUCCUUACGUAACAAAAGAGGUGACAGCCGGCCGACGAGAAGAUAACGGAUGCAGAGCCACUUGCAAAAACGAACAGCCGAUCAGUGUCGAGGGCAACUCGGAACACGCGAAAGACAUUGUCGGAGAUGAUAAGAGAACUACAGAUAACGGGAACACCUCGCUCGUCGGCUCAUCGAAAUGCUGCUGCGACUGCCAUCUGAAUGCUUCCAAGUCACACGGCGCAAACAACAAUUUCGAUAAUGAUAACGUGAAAGAAUGGGCACUCGAAUGCGAAUGCGAUUUAGAAAUAUACGAUAGAACGUAUCAGAUUAUCGAUAAUUUAGCCAUGGAGCCAGAUAGCAGCACGGUGGAAACGGCGAACGACGGCUUAUCUGCGAUUCUGAUAAAGGGUAGAAACUCUAAAUUCACUGUUAUCAGGUAAUACCUGAGUUCGUGAACACUUAAUGCGAUAAUGCAUUCACGAGAUGUUCUAGGAAAACAGGGUUUCAGAUAAAUCACUAAAUUUUGUUUCUUCACAAACAUUGAAUUCUGGCCUAUAGGAUAAAUGUGUAGCAAGCUAAAUCUCAACAAUGAAUCAUUGUUGAAAAUAUGUAUCGCAGGUAUUGAUGCACAGAAUUAGCGGAUUGUCAAGAGCGAAUUUCUGUCUUGCGGAAUUUUGCAACAAUGAAAAAUUUGGCUGGCGCCACCGAAAACGCGAGUGUAAAUAAUAAGACAAUUCAGUCUUCAAGAUAACUUAAUUAUUAUGAGUUUCGCGAUCGUUACUUUUCAUUAUUGUAUUAAUCUAAUUAAUUACAUCUAU